UUCACUUACAUUGUUUUGGCGUUUUUACUACUGAACCACAAGCCCCCGCUACCCACACCCCCCAACCUUACUGCUUCCUUUCGCCUGCGAGUCUUUUCUUUUCACACCGACGUGAGAGAGAGAGAGAGAGAGAGAGAGAGAGAGAGAGAGAGAGAGAGAGAGAGAGAGGCGCUGCAGAAAUGGAGGAGCUGAGCGCGGUUGGAGAGCAGGUUUUUGAUGCCGAGUGCAUUCUAAACAAAAGGCUGCGGAAGGGGAAGUUGGAGUAUCUGGUGAAGUGGAGAGGAUGGUCGGCCAAGCACAAUAGCUGGGAGCCGCAGGAGAACCUCCUUGACCCGAGACUGCUGGCUGCGUUUAACAAGAGGGAGCAGGAACGAGAACUGCUGCUCCAGAAACGAGGAAAACGGCCUCGUGGACGACCACGAAAAAUUACGGAAGACACUGUUCCAACAGUCUCGAAAUCAAGUAGUUCCUCAUCAUCUUCAUCUUCAUCUGGUUCAUCAUCCUCCUCCUCCUCCUCCUCCUCCUCUUCUUCUUCUUCCUCUGAGGAGGAUGAUGACGACGAUGAUGACAAUGACGUUAACGGUGACAGAAAGCCGAAGCCAAGUCCCCGUCCAAGGGAGCUGGAUCCUGUUCCACAGAAAAAGGCACAGAUUGUAAUGGCUAAACCUGACCCUCCAAAAAAGAAGCGAGGCAGGAAGCCGUUGACACCGGAGCUGAAGGCCUUGAAGCAGAGUCAGGCCAAGUGUAUACGAAAGCCCAUGCCUAAAGACCCUCUGUCUGACCUGCGAGGCAGUAUCAAGAAACCCCUCAUGCCUGCCAGCUUCACCUACACAGGUAUGAAUCGGGCUGCCAGUAGAGAACCUCUUGCAGUGCAGAGCAGAGGGUCAUUCACCCACAAUUCACCUGCAAAGAGUUCCCCAAACACUCAGGGUACUGGGCGCCCUGCGGGAUCACUUGGCCGGCUGUCGCAAGGGAAAAGCACAGCAGAUUUUAAACUGUCAGACAUGGGGAGCGGAGGAUUGGAUUUAAAAGCAUCAGCAUGCAAGUCGCCGGGGGUGGCGUCACUGAGCUUGCACAACUCAAAGCUUACUGCAUGCAGUACCAACGGACAGGCAACAGGUGGAACUCCAAACUGGACAAAAAAGCAGGAAACUCCUACACAGAGCCCUAUGCAACGAUCAAACAGCAACAAACCUGCUACGACUGCUUUGUCCUCUGUAAAAAGCUCCAGCAACCUGUCCACAAGCACCCAGCCUGCAAGCCUACAUGUUGCAAGCAAAAUUGAAAAAGGUACAGGCUCCUCUGUAGUUGGCGUCAGCAUCCAAGGCUCUGUCCAUCGAAACUCUGGAAGUGCAGUAAGAAAAGGCCCAGCACAAGAGAAAAGCCUUUUGAUAAAUCCAGCCAGUCAAGCAGCUGGAUUAGGAAUGGUGGGUACACGCAACAAUAUCAUCCCAGUUGGAAUAGACAGGGUUAAAUCAGAAGAUUCCAGCGACCCGGCAGAAAAACUCGGAAAAGCAAAUCAAGGAAGGCAUCAGAAGAGCUUCCCCUCUACCUUGGACAGAAAUGGUUUGAAAGAUGGAACCAAGGCAGGAAAAACGCUGAGUGAAAUGAGCACAGGAGAAGAAGGAACCAGUUCAGAGUCCGAGCCAGAUUCUUCCUUCUCCAGCAAAAGUCAGGAUCUUCCAAUUGGCAUAAACACCAGCCAGGACUGGAGGCCCACACGCAGCCUGAUUGAACACGUCUUUGUCACUGACGUCACCGCCAACCUCGUCACGGUAACCGUGAAGGAGUCGCCCACCAGUGUUGGCUUCUUUGGCAUUCGGAAUUUCUAAUCAUUAGAACAUGUUCACAUCUCUGGAGCAUGGGCUAAAUGUCAAGAUAGAACCUGAGGGGAGUCUGAGGGAAGCAGCUGAACCCCAAACCAUUUUAGUGCAUUUUAGUGGAACACGCUGAACCAACCUUUCCAAACAAACAGCAACAUUUUAAGUAGGUUUCUAAUGGGAACUAGGAGACCAACCCUAAGACUGGUGGAUGUAUCAGAUAGAUGCUCUUUUUUAUUCUGUUUUCAAUCAGGUGCUCUGCGAAGUGGUGCUUAAGUGAAUGAAAAAAUACAGGCUUGAAAAAUCACAUUUUUCAAUUAUGUUCUUAUGUUCCAAACCAAUGUGUCUUGUACUGAGACUUAAUGUUCUCAACAGUAUUGUUUACAAAACUAAAAAAGACAGUUUUACACCUAAUACAAAUGUUGUAACACAAUUUUAGUAACAGGUCAACCUGAAAUGUGGAGGUAAUAGAACUUCUGAUAUUGAAGUUGGAACAAGAACUUUUAAAUUAACGCACAUUUUGUAAGUGUAACACAUUUAAAGCAAAGUGGUGUUUUUUUGGUUUGUUUUUUUCGGGUGAAGCUAUUGUCUUGCUAGGCCUGUCGAACAGUUUAGCAUCCUUUCUUCUGGCCAAUAUUCGGCCUUCUGUCUAGUUACACAACACUUUCUGUAUUUAUUGUUUUUUACUGUUUUUUUAGAAGAUAUGUACAAAUACAGUAAACAAUCUUUUUUGUAUUUUUGUUAGAAACAAAGCUGACAACUCAUUUUAAAUUAAAUGUUCAGGAACCCUCUAAAGGUCAAUCUAAGGAGCUUCAAAGGGUUUGUUUGAGGUGAAGCCAUAAGAACCCCUUUUUGUUGUGUUAAAGUUCAUGUUUGUGAUGGAGAUAUUGGAAAACAGAACAUUUUUAAAGUUCUGAGGAUCUUUCGCUUGAUGAUUUCCACAGGUAUCUGACAAACAUAUUUUAUAAAACCAAUUGUGGUUCUUUUAAGGGUAAAUGGUAGGACAGUUUCUUUUAAAUGAGACGUGGGUGAGGUUUAGAAUAUGAAUCUUAAGAAAAGCUGGCAGCUCUUCUGCCCACAUUCAAUUAGUCUUUAGUCAUUUAACUGAAGGGAGGUAUAUUUAUCUAUAUAGAAGAUUCAGAUCUUUUAAAUCUCAAGUGCCUUGUUUUGGUGUCUGUUCUAUGUUUAGCCGUCGAGAUGCUAAACAGAAACCGUUCUAGGUUCUCAUCAUUAUUGUUCUCUAUAUUAUGACGGGUUUUCUCUGCUGUGGUCAGUAUAUGUGUAUGAAUGACAGUAGUUUCUAUGAGAAAUUGAUUCCAGCUUUUAAAUUUUUUGCUAGUUUUCAGUAAAGCCUUGGUAAGGUGAGUCCAGUCUGCAAUACCAGAACAACCACAUAGCUGCAUACAGACUGUUCAGUCCUUAAUGUGACUAAUGUUUUUAAUCAGCUCUUAUUAUUCAGAAAUGUACAAAAACUGUCUAUUAAACCAAAUUUUCAGCUGCAACGAUCUGAGGUUACUUCUGUGUGUGUGUGCGUGUCCUUGAGAACUGAACCGAUCAGCAGUAAAGUGGAUCUUCGUUCCUGUGUCUGUGCUAUCAGUGCCUCCCUGGUGGAGCAGCAGGGGAAGAGGAGGGUGAUAUCUCAGUGUCUCAAAGCAGUAGAGGAGAUAAGAGAAAGAACGAGUUUAGUUUCCUCCUACACACUAUUGUCUUUCUGUAGCAAGAGAUCCUUUAGCUGCUUGCAUAAAGAGACGCCAGAUGUUGGCAGGCACUGCUUUACUGGGGCAGUAGGUAAAAUAUCCUGUGUAAAAUACAUAAAAAGUUUUAGUUCCUGUGACAAUUAGAGUGAAAAGAUCAUAUUCGGUUAGUAAGCAACCCCACUAAUAAUAGAAUGAAAAGAAAUAACAAUAGUCAUGGUUUUACAUCACAGAGAAUAUUUACAUGCAUUUCAUAAUCUGAUUACUGCAGAGUUAAUUAGUAAUUUGAUCUGAAUCAGAUAAUGGGAAAAGUCUGUAAUUGAGUUUUUGCAAUCAACCAAUAAACUUACAGAAUAAGA